UUGCUCUUCCGCAGCCGGAAUAUUAUCGCAUCAUUAAAUGUGUGAAAGAAUCUAUUAAACCGUGAAAUUGUCUAGAAAACGAAACACAACCCAAUUGUGAAAAUAAUCAAGAGGAAACGCGAAAUCACAUCACAUCCUAAUGGAUGGUGCAAUUGGAUGCGAGUAGCGAAGAUUUCUCGCCGCUUUGCUGCUGCGAGUACUACGAUCGCCACAAUCAACGUUAUCACAUCUUGGGAUGUUGCUGUAAUUGUGUCGCUUUCGACGAGGCCUGUGAUAGAUUCAUCUGCUGCCGGCAAGUCCCGAAUAACGUGAAGCGAGAAAUGCUGCUAACGUUUCAAGAUCGAUUGCGGAUUCCAUGCCGCGGAGGAGCGAAGCAGGUGUCCUUGGGUGCCAUCGUGCCGAUAUUCGCGAUCCCCAUUGUGCUCGGAUUGUCGGCGCUAAAUCUCUAUACUUUGGUGAUACUGAACGUGACCACCCUCUUCUCGACCGGAUACUUUUUCGUCCGCAUUCGCAGGACGAACACACGCACAAAGCUGUUCUUCGUUUGGAUCCUGGCUUCAGUGGUUUACCUACUGGUCCUUUUCGAGUUCACGGUACCUCUGCUGGAAAUAUUGCCCGAAGAGAAUGGACUCCUUUUCUUGCUUGUGACUCUAUCGCUGUAUUGCAUUUACAAAGUCAAACGAUUGAGUCGCGACAGUAUUCUCGUACCGCAGGAUCCAGAGAAGGACAUCUCGAAUAGUAAUGGCACGGAAGCGACUACAGUUCUUAUUGAAAACGAAGAGUCAGACGAUAGCGAUCGCCUGACCAACCGGCAGAUGCACAAUUGCGCGGUUUGUCAGGCGGUUACGACUGGUUUUGACCACCACAGCUUCGUGCUUGACUGCUGCAUCUCGAAAUCAAACCAUAAGUAUUACUUCUUCGGACUUUUAUUUGGAAUCUGUGCAUUGCUCUUGGGGUCAAAUCUCACGCUAACUUCAGUUUGCCACCCGUUCUUGCUGUUUCGCAUAGCUGGAGUGCACGUUCUCCUGCCAGACGAUUGCACCGAGGUUUUCGAUCAGUACGAAAUGGGUUUAUCGUUCGUUUUAUCGCUCUAUUCAUUAGUCAUAGCGGCACUGGCAACGACAGAGUUCACCAUCCAAGUGUACGCCAUAUCGAAGGGAAUUUCACUCAAUGAUUGGAAAAAAGGCAGAAAGACGGGGAACCGCAAGUCAAUUUGCAUGAAUUGGCGGAGUUUUCUGUGUUGAAUCGAAUCGUAUUGUACUUUAAAUGGCCUAGCGCAAACCAGACAAAUAUGUAAUUUAUCCGAAAGAAAUGGAAAUUUCAAAGGAAUCGUAUUAUUUAGAAUAAGACAACCACGUUAUUGCUUUAUUUAAAAAGCUAUUAUCAAUUAUAUUAUAGACGACGAUCAUGUAGAGGAACUUAGUUAAUUUAUUGCUUAACAACCACUAGUUGUAAAAGUUUGAGACACAAAUAAAUCCUGAAUGAGCACAUUCAGUAUAUAAGAAAA